CCAGUUAAUCAGCAUAGAGUCCAAGGACUAAAAUUUCAGACAAUUCGCCGAUCGCAUUUCAAGCUUCUCAGCAACGUCAUGUCCGAGUCUGCGGGAACGCAGUCGAUCUUGAACGUCAAUGCACUGCUCGACAAUCCCGUCUUCGCCGGAGGCUUCGGCCUCGCCUCUCUUGGGGCUGUCUUGGCGUUUGCUCGCCGAGGUGCACUCUCCGCCGCCGGGAUGAUUCGACGUCGUAUGCUCGUAAAUGUCGAGAUUAGCAGACAAGACCCCUCAUAUCCCUGGAUCCUUGCAUGGCUGUCGCAACCACGCGAGCAAACGUCUUUUAUAGCGAAAAGACUGACGCGCAUCAAUAAGCUGUCUGUCACUACAGCCACUAGCUCGACCCCGAACGGCCCCACGAAAGCAAGCUUCUUCCUGCAGCCUGGAUAUGGUCGACAUAUCGUGAAAUACAAGCAUGCGUACAUCGCUGUGAAUAGGGAAAAGCAGGCAACCGCUAAGACGAAUACGGGCGAACCACAUGAGACGGUGGAACUCACUACUCUAUAUGCGCAUCGACAUAUCUUCGAGGACGUCUUCGCCGAGGCUCGAGCUCUAGCACUCCAGGCAAAUGAGGGGAAGACGGUGGUAUACUCCGUGAGGAACUUUGAUUGGGUUCCGCUAGGUGAGCCACGAAGGAAACGACCUCUAGGCAGUGUAAUUUUGGAUCAAGGAAUCAAGGAAGACAUCGUAAAUGACGCGAAGGACUUCCUUGCGCGAAGGCAGUGGUAUGUCGAUCGUGGCAUUCCGUAUCGCAGGGGUUAUCUCCUUUACGGGCCUCCGGGUAGUGGCAAGAGUUCAUUCAUUCAAGCGCUAGCUGGUGAACUGGACUUUAGCGUGGCUAUGGUUAACCUGAGCGAAAUCGGAGUAACAGACGACAAGCUUGCCUUCCUUCUUACCAAACUGCCCGAGCGGACCAUCCUAUUGCUGGAAGACGCCGAUUCUGCAUUUGUCAAUAGGCGGAAACGAGACGCAGAUGGGUAUAGUGGCGGAACCGUUACGUUUUCCGGGCUGCUGAACGCUCUGGACGGCUUGUCUGCCGGAGAGGAGCGGAUUGCAUUCCUCACUACGAACCAUGUCGAACUACUCGAUCCUGCUUUGAUCCGGCCGGGUCGCGUUGACAUGAUGGUUCGCAUAGGAGAAGCUACCAAGUUCCAGGCUGCCCAGAUGUGGGAUAGGUUCUACGGCGACAUAGACGUUGAUGGUAGCCAUCGGGAACGGUUUUUGGAGCGACUUGACGAACUCGGGCUCUUCCGCGAGGCUAAGGAGGGAGAGUCAGUUCCUCGUACGAGUACUGCUGCUAUCCAAGGCCUCUUCUUGUUCAACAAGAACGACAUGGAGGGCGCUAUCAGCAUGGCUGAACAUCUCAUUCCGCCAAAGUUGGAAGCAGAGAAGUAGGCUGCUCAGCUGUACAUUAUUUGUAACGUCUAUAUGUGAUAUAUAAGAUACCCCGUCUAUUGACGAAUUUUCAAGAAAAUCCAAUUCAAUCCACAUAU